AUGGAGAUGAUCGGAUGGUUGGAGAUUGAGCUCGCAAAGAAAGAACGGAGACCGUCCGAUGGGAAGCACGAAGCGUUCAAAGCUGCCAAGGUUUACUUUGGUAUGCUUGAUGCCGUAUUGGCUGCUGAGGAACAUGUUUGCUUAUUACUUUGUAGGCCUGUUAGAAACCCAUAUGAUAUCAGUAAGAUUGCAGGGGGUUCUUCUAGUGGAUCUGCUUCUCUGGUGUCUGCUGGACUGUGUCUUGUUGCCCUUGGUGUCGAUGGUGGAGGAUCUGUAAGGAUGCCAACAUCUCUUUGCAGUGUUGUUGGUCUAAAACCAACUUUUGCACGUAUACCUCAUGAUGGUUAUGCAGCUAUCAGUGGUGAGAUUCCAUAUCAGAAGAUUUUCAGUGUGUUGGUUUCAACUUGGUCACUUGUGCUUUUCAGUUCAUAUCUCAACAAUUAUGAUGUGUGCACUGAGCUUAAUCAUAGUCUUGAUGAUAACAUUGUGUGUUCUUACCUUGAAAUUCCAGUUGCUUUAUCUGAGUUCCCUGCAUUGUUUAAUGCACUUGAUUAUCUGUGCAUAGAUCCUAUAGAGCAUGUUGAUGACACUGGUGCACUUAUUGAUUCUAAGGCUUCUAAAGCAGCAUUUGAGAUUGGACAUCUUCAUACUCCUGCUGAAUGUAUUGAUAUUACUGUUAACAAAGCUGCAACGUUUGAUGAUCCACUCAUGAAUGUUAACUUUGAAUUUAGUGAAUGUUCUGCAGAAUUAAAUGAAGAGGAAGCUGCACACACUGAAGGCAUGAAAGAAGUCCUGGUUGAGCUAGUUGGGAAAGAAGAGCUCUGGAGUCUUACCCACUCACACAUUGAAGGCAAUGUGCCUCUUAAGUGUGGGAGUGGGAAGAUUCUGAUUCCGAUUUUUGUUCCAGCUUUGAGAACUCUUUGUUUGGCCUUCAAAGAUAUAAACGAAAUGCAUGGGGAAGCCAACAUUCCUGAUAGUGGCUAUACUCUAGUAGCAUUAGUAGGAAUCAAGGAUCCUGUACGCCCUGGAGUUAAGGAAGCUGAUGAAACUUGUAAAGCUGCUGCUGGUGAUAACAUACAUACAGCUGAAGCUAUAGCCAAAGAAUGCAGUAUACUUACUGAGGGUGGUGUAGCCAUAGAAGGUCCAACGUUUCGUGACCUGUCUUCCGAGGAAAUGAUGGAUAUCAUACCUAGGAUCCAGGUGAUGGCAGGAUCCUUACCGCUCGACAAGUAUAAGUUGGUAAACAAUUUGAGGAGUAUGUUUGGUGAUGUUGUUGUUGUUAUUGUUAUGGACUGA